AUUGAUAUUUGAUUGUUUGAUGUUUCUAAUGUUUUGUAUUGAGAUUGUCGGCUGUCGCAAAACCUAAUUUUAUUCAAUAAUUGGUUUAAUUUAAUGAAUGAAGUCGCGGAACAUCGAUUUUCAAGUUAAAUUAUUAAAUAAAACACACUUACAUUUCAAUUGUAUUUUUAUAACUGAAUAAGAUCUUACAAUUAUAACCAAUGAUGAAACUAGUGGAUCAAGUUGUGAGGAGUUUCAAGGUGGCAAAAGUUUUUCGAGAAAAUACAGAUAAAAUAAAUAGUAUAGACUUCUCACCUAGUGGAGAGACUUUAAUAUCGUGCAGUGAAGAUGAUCAAAUUGUUAUAUACGAUUGUGAGAAGGGAACGCAAAUGAUUACUGUAAACAGUAAAAAAUAUGGUGUUGAUUUAAUCCAUUUUACACAUGCUAAGAACACUGCAAUUCACAGCUCAACCAAAGUUGAUGACACUAUAAGAUAUUUAUCACUUCAUGAUAACAAAUAUAUACGAUAUUUCCCUGGACACACAAAAAAGGUUGUAACAUUAUGCUUAUCGCCAGUUGAAGACACUUUUUUGUCAGGAUCAUUGGAUAAAACUUUACGCCUUUGGGACUUACGUUCUCCAAAUUGUCAAGGUCUAAUGCAUUUAUCAGGUAGACCCGUUGCUGCUUAUGAUCCUGAAGGGCUAAUUUUUGCUGCUGGCGUCAAUUCAGAAAGUAUUAAAUUGUAUGAUUUAAGAUCAUUUGAUAAAGGACCAUUUGUAACUUUUAAAUUAAAUCAGGAAAAAGAAUGUGAUUGGACAGGGCUUAAGUUUUCUCGAGAUGGAAAAACUAUGCUCAUAAGUACAAAUGGUUCUAUUAUAAGGUUAGUUGAUGCAUACCAUGGGACCCCACUUCAAACAUUUACAGGACAUCUUAAUAAUAAAGGAAUACCAAUUGAGGCAUCUUUCAGUCCUGAUUCACAAUACAUAUUUAGUGGUUCUACAGAUGGAAGGGUACAUGUUUGGAAUGCUGAUACAGGAUACAAAGUGUGUGUUUUAAAUGGUGAUCAUCCGGCACCUAUUCAAUGUGUUCAAUUCAAUCCAAAAUAUAUGUUACUAGCAUCUGCCUGUACAAAUAUGGCAUUCUGGCUUCCAACUAUAGAUGAUGUUUGAAUAAGAUUAUUAAAACUUUGAGAUAUA